AUGAAUUCCAAGACCGCCAAAGAGAUAAUUACCGGCAAGUGGGGCUUAAAGUCGGGCAGCUCCAGGCCUGAGAAUGAUCUUGAGAAGUGUAAGGAGCAGAACGCCGCCCUGAGGAAAUCAAUGGAGGAAGGCAUGAAAGGGAAAAGCAAAAUGACGGAUACGGAAAGGAACGGGCUCCUAGCGAAAAUACUUUCCCUUGAAAAAGAUAAAGAAAAACACAACCAUCUUCUUGGAGAGAAGGACAAAGAAAUCCAAAACCUGAAAGACAAGCUUAGAUCCAAAACCAAGAAUAGUGAAGUUUCCUCGUUACAAAGUCAACUAGAGGAAAAAACAAAGGAAGCAGAAAGGAGAGAACAGUUACUUCAUUCACUAUCGGAAGAAAUAAACCGGUUAAAAUGUAAUUUAUCUACUGUUACUGCAAAAUGUUCUGAGCUUGAAAACAGAGCCAGUACUUCCCAGGUUUUUCUUUGUCUGCAGGAAGCUGUAACAAACAGCACUGGAUCACUAACUAAUCUUUAUGAAGUUGAAAGCCAACUGAAGGAUGCUCUUGAGAAAAACCAACAGUGGCUACUGUAUGACCAGCAACGUGAAGUGUAUGUCAGGGGACUGCUUGGAAGGAUCUUUGAACUUGAACAGAAGUCAGAAAUAGUUAGCCAACAAGAAUCUAAAGAAGUUAAUUCAGAAGGUCAUCUACAAGAGGAAAAGCAAAAAUAUUAUGACCAGCUGUUACUAACUGCUAAGAGUGAUCUUGAGACUGAAAGACGUACUGCAACCCAGCUGAGAUCUGAACUUAACGAAUUCAGAAGGAAGUAUGAAGAAACACAACGAGAAAUAACGAGUUUAAAUGCCUUAUUACAGUCGCAACAGGUUGCUGAAAUGAAGACUCUAGAAAAUGAAAAUAAAAUGAAAGGAGAGAAAGUGCAGAGACUAAAACAAGAAAAUGAAACUAUUAAAGGACAGCUCAGAGAAGAAAAGAAAAAGUCUGAAGAUCUUUUAUGUCAGGUGCAACUUCUUCGUAAAUCAUUGCUCAAACAGCAGGAGGAACAUACUAGGAUAGCCCUGUUGGAACAACAGAUCCAGAUAUGCACCACAGACUUUGAGAAUGAAAAGCUCGAUCGCCAGAACUUGCAGCAUCAGUUAAACAAAGUCCUUAAGGAACUGCGGAAGGCCAGGGAGCAAAUAACCCGUCUGGAACCUCUGAAACUUCAGGAAUCUGGACGUAUGGAACUGCAGGAAGAUUUGCAAGCUGUGUUUGAAGAGAAGCUGACCACCUAUGACAGAAGUCCUUCCCUGAAACAUUCAAGCCUUCUUGAUGAAAGUUUUCUCGAGUGUCCCAGAUGUAAAGAGCAGUAUCCAACAAGCCAGCACAGAGAACUACUAGCACAUAUUGACUUCUGUACAGCUUGA